AUGACGGCAACGAGAACUGAGGAAAUCAGUCAUGAUACUAAGAAAUUCCGGUUUGGGCUACCUUCACCAGACCAUAUAUUAGGAUUACCUGUAGGCCAACACGUUUACCUUUCUGCAAAAAUCAAUGGUAAUCUGGUGAUUCGAGCCUAUACCCCAGUUUCCAGUGAUGAGACAAAAGGUUAUGUUGAUUUAAUUAUAAAGGUCUACCACAAAAAUGUGAAUCCCAAGUUUCCAGAAGGUGGGAAGAUGUCCCAGUACCUAGAUGACAUGAAGAUUGGAGAUAUUAUUGACUUCAGAGGGCCAAAUGGGCUCCUUGUCUAUAAGGGGGCAGGUACCUUUCUUAUCAAGCCUCAUAAGAAGUCUGAAGCAGAGAAGAAGUUUGCAAAGCAUCUUGGGAUGAUAGCUGGAGGAACAGGAAUAACUCCUAUGUUGCAGCUGAUCCGUCAUAUCACAAAUGAUCCUAAGGACUCCACCAAAUGUUACCUUCUUUUUGCUAAUCAGACAGAAAAAGAUAUAUUACUGAGAGCCGAGCUAGAAGACAUUGCUAAGAGGCAUCCUGAUCAGUUCACGCUUUGGUAUACACUGGACAGACCUCCCCAAGAUUGGAAGUACAGUUCUGGCUUCGUCACUGCAGACAUGAUUAAAACCCACCUCCCUUCCCCCAGCAGUGAGACACUCAUUCUCAUGUGUGGGCCACCACCUAUGAUUCAAUUUGCGUGUCAGCCCAACCUGGACAAACUUGGCUAUCCCAAGAGCAGUACAUUUUCGUAUUAACACUGAUGUCAUCUGAUACCUUUUCAU